CCUAAAUGCAGCAGGUUAACAGUAGAGUAGAUGCUGCGGGAGCAAGAGCGCAUUCCAAAGCAGACGAACACGCAAGUUCCCAGAUUUCAAGCGCGGCGAGCAUCCGCAUUCUUGGCCAACCGUGGACUGUACCUGCAAAUCGACCGAGAUUCAGGCUCCAGAGUGCCGCCGCGGUCGUGAAGAAGACGAGGACGGGAGCGUGUUCCUUUCUCGUGCCAAUUUUCGGAAAACAGUGUCGCUUGAUCAAAUCGUUUCACGAGGGUACUCGAAUGCGAAAUUUCUGGUGAUGGGUGGCCGUAGAUAGCCGAGCAUUCGACUCCUGGUCGACGUGGUUUUAGAUUCCGGAAGAACCCACAUGAGAAUUGAUUGCUUUUUUCAUCGGAAAUCCCAUUGAUCAUGAGCUGUUCGAUGAAAUUACUGACCCAGAAUAAGUUCGCUGGAGUUCCGCACCGGCGCUUCUUGUCCCGACUUCUCUGCGCCGCUGCUCCUCUGGAAAGGGAUAACGAGAUUGACAGAAUCACCAAGAUCAUAAAUGACCACCCAUUUCCCGAUUUCCCGCUUCAACCCGUCCUCCAGAAGCACAUCCCGCCCCCUACUCUUUCCACCGGCUUGGUAGAGGAUGUGCUUGGUCAUUUAUUUGGGGCUCAUUCGAAUGGUCUCAAAGCUCUAGAGUUCUUCAGAUACACUGUCCGCCAUUCACCAUGCGGUCUGACUUCAGUGGCAUUUGAAAGAACUCUCCACAUUCUUGCAAGGAUGCGGUACUUUGAGAAAGCCUGGGAAUUGAUGGAUGAGAUGCGGGUAACGUGCCCUUCUUUGCUUACGCUGAAGGCGAUGAGCAUCAUGAUAUCAAAGAUUGCAAAAUUCAAGUCGUACGAGGAUACUCUCCUGGCAUUUGAAAGGAUGGAGAAUGAUGUGUUUGUUGAUAGGCAAUUUGGUACAGAUGAGUUCAAUAUACUUCUUCGGGCAUUUUGCACACAGAGGCAGAUGAAGGAAGCACGAUCCGUGUUCAAUAAGAUGCAUUCGCGAUUCUCUCCCGAUACGAAGACCAUGAAUAUACUGAUGUUGGGAUUUAAAGAGUCAGGCGAUGUGACCUCAGUGGAGUUGUUUUACCACGAGAUGGUUAGAAGAGGUUUUAAACCUAACACAGUGACAUAUAAUAUCAGGAUCGAUGCUUACUGUAAGAGAGGUUGUGUAGGUGAUGGUUUAAGGCUUCUUGAAGAGAUGGAAGGGGUUGAUUGCUUGCCCACUGUUGAGACAGUUACUACUUUGAUUCAUGGUGCAGGGGUUGCUCGCAAUCUAACAAAGGCAAAGGAAUUGUUUGAUGGGAUUUUUACAAGAAAUAUGCAACCAGAUACAGCAGCCUAUAAUGCAAUGAUUAGUGCACUGAUAAAAGCAAAUUAUGUAAAAGCUGCCAUUGCCUUGAUGGAUGAGAUGGAGUUGAAGCAAGUUGGGCACGAUAAUAUUACCUACCACACAUUGUUCUUUGGAUUAAUGAGAUCAAAAGAAAUAGAUGGAGUAUGUAAGUUAUAUCAUAAAAUGGUGGAGAGAAAUUUUGUGCCUAAAACGCGGACGGUGGUCAUGCUGAUGAAGUAUUUUUGUAUUAAUGGACAAGUUGAUUUGGGGUUGCAUUUAUGGGAAUACCUGGUGGGCAAAGGGCAUUGUCCUCAUGGUCAUGCACUGGAUCUUUUAGUGAUUGGAUUAUGUUCUCGUGGAAGAGUACUAGAAGCUUUUGAGUGCUCUAAACAAAUGCUGGAGAGAGGAAGGCUAAUGACUGAAGCACCAUACAGGAUGUUGGGGGGCUUAUUGCUGCAGGCUGGAGAGGCUGACAAGUUAAGGAAGCUCAGUGAACUGGUGAAGAAGUUGAAAGCUGUUCUGCCUCUGUCAAAAGGCAUGGUGAUGGAAUAACUAAUUCCUCAGCACUUAAUGCAGAAAGGACGUUUUCAACUUGACUUUGUUUGAGUAGAGCCUCUAAUUACUGGACAUUGGAUGGUUUGUCAUGUUUGGUUCUCCUCAAAGUUUAUAAGGCUCAUACAUAUGCGAUGAGAAAUUCUGAUGGGUUGCGUUCACUGUGCAUCUUCACUCAAGUUAUUGCUGAGGCUUGGGCCACGUCUACACAACCCAAAUUCUAUAGGGUGGUUGAAACAAAUCCUGGAGGGAGGAAGGAGCAUGAGAGGCACAGCGUUUGCCUCAUGUGGUUGCUUUUGCCUUCUGUAGAUUAAUCAAAACAGAAACAUUGAGAUGAGGACUUGACAAGAUGGUGAAAACUCACGUACUCAUUUGCCUUGCAAAAGGAAAUGCUGCUACUUAAAUUACUGUGAGGGUGUAUACAUAAGCACUAUGCCUAAAAUGGAAUGAGAUUAGUUGAUUGGCUUGUACAAAGAUGGCUCUUAAACCGUUCUCUUGAUUUUGCACUGUGCAGUAGGCCGCUCAGUAUGAUCAACGUAAUGAAUAUACUGAGUAUCUAUAUAUGGAUAGGUAAGGCAUUCUGAUUUUUUCUUUAAGAAAUGUUGAAAGUAGUUACAAGCUGUCCUGUCUCCAUCAAAAGGUUUGUAUGCUAAUGCUAUCACAUCGAUAAUUGCUCGGCACUGAGUUGUGUAUCUUAUGGUCAUAGUUUAAGGAUGUUCACAAACUGUCUUUAUUUAGUGCGACUCUGCACUAUCAUACUUAGAAGAGCUCCUGCUUCUUGCACACUCUAGAGGACGAGUUCUUCCUCAGAGAAAGAACCUUGCCACCCUGCCCUCAUGACUUGGUCAAAACAGAUUCGGUGGUGACAAAGGAUAUGACGAUAUAAGAGUUGUAAGCUAAGUAUUGGAGUACUAUAUUUUAAACCCGGAAGCUCAGUUCUGCUUUUUGAAGGAGUUGUACUAAUCGAUUGUCAUAAAUGAAAGAUGAACAAACUCCAUUUUUCUGUUGA